UAGAACCACCUCAGAUCAACUCUAGUCUCUCCUGUUGGCUAUUCCACUAGCAGGAGGUACUGUGGACAUAGUUUUGCUUCACCCGGCCAUGCUCCACUACUAGGGUACUCUCCACAAUGGCCAUGAACUCGGUGCGAGCGCCACUGCUCGAGGCAGCGCUCAAGUCCUACACGCGAACCCGACCUUCUCCCACAUAUCGCAAUGCUCUACAAAGACGACGACCCGCUUGCAGAUAUGCGUCGGAGGGGCGACGGCCAACUCCUCCGCCCGGCGUACCCCAGUUGAACCAAGUCUGGUACCCCAAGACGCGCAUCGCAGUCGGGAUCGUCUUCAUUGGGUCUCUGAUCUAUUCAAUGGUGACAGCAGAUCAACAGACACCUCCUCCUCCUCUCCCGCCCUCAGACGUAUCACAGCAGCCUCGAUCGGGCCAACAGCUCGAUGGACCUUCGAUUGCCGAGCGAGACACCCUGGCUAAACGAGAGUCUGGCGUCACGCAGAGCUCACCAAUGCGUCUACGAAUGGAGGCACAUAUCAAGCAGAAGCAAAAGGAGAUUGUCAGAGCGCUGGAGGCAGUAGACGGCCACAAAUUCCACAUUGACGAAUGGGAAAGACCUCAUGGCGGCGGCGGCAUCUCGUGUGUGCUGCAGGAGGGAAAUGUCUUUGAGAAAGCUGGCGUGAAUAUCAGCGUCGUCUAUGGCACGCUUCCUCGAGCUGCCAUUUCCAAGAUGCGAGUCAACCACAAAGCUCUCGACCCUGAUGUGGAAAGUCUCGAGUUCUUCGCUUCCGGGCUGAGUCUUGUCCUUCAUCCUCACAAUCCCAUGGCCCCGACUGUCCAUCUGAACUACCGUUACUUUGAGACCGCGAACUCGGAUGGCACGACGAAUGCGUGGUGGUUUGGAGGAGGCACGGAUUUGACACCGAGCUAUCUGUUUGACGAAGACGCGAUCCAUUUCCACAAGACGAUCAAGGAGGCUUGUGAUGCGCACGAUAAGAACUACUACAGCCGAUUCAAGAAGUGGUGUGACGAGUACUUUUCGGUCAAACAUCGUGGAGAGUCACGCGGCAUCGGUGGGAUAUUCUUCGAUGAUCUGGACGAGACGGAGAAAGAUCAAGAAUCGCUUUUCGCCUUCUGUCAGACCUGUCUGAAUGCUUUCCUGCCUUCCUAUUUGCCGAUUAUACAAAAGCGAAAGGACAUGCCGUAUACGGAGAAAGAGAGACAAUGGCAGCAGCUGAGACGAGGGCGAUAUGUGGAAUUCAAUCUCGUGCAUGAUCGAGGAACGGCCUUUGGGCUCAAUACGCCUGGUGCGAGAAUCGAGAGUAUUCUGAUGAGUCUCCCGCUUACGGCGAGGUGGCAGUAUCAACAUGAGCCGGAGAGGGGGAGUAGAGAGGAUCGGCUACUGCAGGUAUUGAAAAAGCCUGUCGAGUGGGUGUAAAACAGCUCCUGUAUAGAUGACUACCUCCUAGAUGAAGAAGCAGGUUCAGACCGUUCAGCUGAGGCCACUUUUCAGAAGAGUUACUAAAAAUUUC